UCUUCCAGACAGGGUUGAGUUUUUCAGCUGACUUCCUGCUCCAUCAGGGUGAAGUAAAAGAGUUUAGAAGCACUUCUUUACUUCUUAAAGGACAGUGGGAGCACAGAAAGACAAAGAAACCAAUGUUUUAGCAACACAUUCUGUAAAGGAAAGCAGUAAAGUUGCUCCAUCUUCAGAUUGCUUAAAUAAUCGUACAUUCAUCAAGAAAAAGGAGGAAAAGAAGAAAAUGAAAAGAAGAAGAAAAUCUUUGGUCAUGUUAUUACAAUUUCUGAUGGUCCUUUACGACGACCCACUCGCCUCAGCACAAAACUUCACAACCGUUGUGUCGACUGUUGAGACCACAACAAAGACUCCUCCAGUUCCUGGUUACCAAACCAUUCCAGCUAAUGUGACAGUGGCUGCAGGAGAACCUGUGGAGUUCAGAUGUGGAGUUUCCAAGGCAGCCCCAAACCUCACAUUCACUCUUUAUGGGAGCCAUGGCAACUACAGCCUCAAAUGUCCGGAUGGACACAUAGAAGAUAUUCCCCAGGCUCUCAGUGGAAGCUGUUACAUAGCGGAUGGGGAGUCACUGGCUGUGUGGACUCUGAAGGGAACAGCCUUCCCUGACAACGGCACCAGAGUCGUUUGUCAGCAGGAAAACAAUCCCAAAGCACCUUCUGCUGUCCUGCAUCUUUAUGAUAAUGGCUCCAUGUACGCUGCUCUCAUUGGAUGCUGCGUCGGGGGGUUCUUUGGAAUCCUGUUGGUGUUCGGGCUGAUGUUCCUCAUUCUGAGAAAUUCUAACCUACCCGUUCAGUGUCUCGGUAAGCAAUGCUUUACAAUGAACGACUGUAAAAAAAACAAAAAACAAAGGUAAACUCACCAACAUGACUUGUUGCUUAAUUCUGUUUUCAGAGAGAAGCCCAGAAGAAGACUUGGAAGAUAUAAUAAAAGAAUAACAGAAGGCUUAAGAAACUUUUGGUUUGAAACUCAAGUGUGCCCCUCUACGUUAUAUUAUGAGGAUAUUGUGUAAAUAAAUAUGCAAAACUUUAACUGUAAAGUGAAGUGAAGCUGCAUGGCAACAGUAACAAAAUGAAGCUUUCCGUUGACUCUCAGCUCAAAUAAAAAUUGGCCAAAAGUGAUCAGCUGUUCUGCAGCAAGAGCUUGUUACAGCAAUGUUGUUAAGAGUGAAAAGUAAGUAAAUGUAGAGAUCUUUGUCUAUAAAAGAGAAAGUGUUAGUCGAAACUUUUUAAGCAUUCUUGCUGUUUUGUUUCUUCUUCUUUGGUCUGUUAACUGCAGUUACGAAGUGUGUCCACUUGAGGGCAGCACUGAAAUAAAGACAAUUUCAUCACACAUUGGAAAAAACCAUGCUUUCCUUAGUCAAUUUUAUUUGUUUUUGGUUUGUUUCUUUCUUUAAUAAAAUAAAAAAAUGAUAAAAUAAAAUGAAAAUUAGUUGGAAGUAUGAUCAAAUGUAAUUAUAAAUUUGUCUUUUCCACUAACUAAUGAAGGAAUAAGUAGGAUUGAAGUGAAAUCUAUCCUUUCUCUUGGAUUUACAUUUUGCAUUUUUUGUAGUUUUUGUGUAUUUUCCCCUUUAUUUAAUAUAUGUAAGUAUAGAUCACCCUAUAUCAAUAAAGUUUUUUUAAGCUUCUACAUCAAGGACCUCACAGUUUAACAACAGAAUGCUAGACAAGACAUAUUAAACUUUGGUCAUUUCACAAUUGAUUAAAGUUUGUAAUUUGGGUCAAAUUUUUCGAAAUUUCUAGGGGACAAACUCAGUUGCAAUCUCACCCCCAGACAGGAUGGUCCUUCAAAUGAAGCCUGUCAGUUCAGCAGCAUGUGAAGGACACAGAGGAGAAACAGCCUGUAAAUAAGCAUGCGCGUAGAGUUGCUCAUGUGACCUCGCGUCUCGGCUUCCCCUUGGCGAUGACCUCAAAUCUCAGCUAGUGUCAAGAGCCGUGUCUGUUAUUUACCUUUAUCUGCUGUCACACAAAACAUAAGGUAACACGAACUCCAUGAAACCACAGCUGGGUGGAAACUGUUUUGUUUGGAG